CUGAUUCUGUCCUACAUUCUCAGAAGUUGCAAUCAGGGCUUCGUGCGCAGUGAGAACUAUCUUUUUACCGUUCAAUAUCGAUUCCGGGGACGAUGCUGCGGGUCAGAUGUCUGAGAGGAGGUAGCAGGGGAGCUGAAGCAGCUCACCUUAUUGGAACCAUGCUGGGCCGCGCUGUUACUGGAUGGGUCCACAGGGCAUUCCAGAGCACGUCAAGUUCGGCAGCCGCCGUUCAGUCCCAGGCGCUAGUGGAGGACACCGUGACUGAGCCACUCGCCCAGGAGUGUCCAGUGUGUGCCUUCAACGAGUGGGACCCGCUGGAGGAAGUGAUCGUCGGCAGGGCUGAGAAUGCACGUGUGCCUCCCUUUACAGUGGAGGUCAAGGCUAACACGUAUGAGAAGUAUUGGCCCUUCUACCAAAGAUUUGGGGGUCAGGUGUUUCCUGAGGACCACUUGAAGAAGGCCAUUGUUGAAAUUGAGGAAAUGUGCAAUAUUCUUCGUUUGGAGGGGGUUAAUGUGAGGAGGCCAGAGCCCGUCGACUGGUCCUUUAAAUACAGCACACCAGAUUUCACAUCUACAGGCAUGUAUGCGGCAAUGCCCCGAGACAUCCUCCUUGUUGUUGGAAAUGAGAUUAUCGAGGCUCCAAUGGCAUGGAGAUCUCGCUUUUUUGAGUACAGAGCCUACCGACCUCUCAUUAAAGAAUACUUCAGAAAAGGUGCUAAGUGGACCACAGCUCCAAAACCCACUAUGGCUGAUGACCUGUAUGACCAGGACUACCCGAUUAGAACUGUGGAAGACCGGCACAAGCUCGCUGCUCAGGGCAAGUUUGUCACCACGGAGCACGAGCCCUGCUUCGACGCAGCCGACUUCAUCCGCGCUGGAAGGGACAUUUUCGUCCAGAGGAGUCAGGUGACAAACUUCAUGGGGAUCGAGUGGAUGCGUCGACACCUGGCACCUGACUACAAAGUUCACAUCAUCUCAUUCAAAGACCCCAACCCCAUGCACAUCGACGCCACCUUCAACAUCAUCGGCCCCGGCCUGGUGCUGUCCAAUCCGGACAGGCCAUGUCGGCAGAUUGAAAUGUUCAUCAAGGCUGGCUGGACUGUGAUGAAGCCUCCAACGCCUCUGAUUCCUGAUGACCAUCCCCUGUGGAUGUCCUCAAAGUGGCUCUCCAUGAAUGUCUUAAUGCUGGAUGAAAAGCGAGUCAUGGUCGAUGCCAAUGAAUUUUCCAUCCAAAAGAUGUUUGAAAGUCUUGGAAUUAAACCGAUUAAGGUGAGCAUUCGUCACGCCAACUCCCUGGGAGGGGGCUUCCACUGCUGGACAACUGAUGUGCGUCGCCGCGGUACCCUGCAGUCCUAUUUUCACUAGCCAGGCAGAAAUGGACAGUUUUUAUUGAGCUUGUAAUGGUUCAGUACAAUGACUGAUGAGCCAAUUAUUUUUCCUUGCAAAUGAACUGCAUGAACCAUAUUGACAGUGCUGUGUGUGACAGUGUUCCUGCAAAAAGCUUUGUUCAAAAACGGCAUUCAAAAACAAAUUAAUGGAACUGGAUAUCUCUCAAUAAUAACUGCAUUUCUGGCUGGCUGUUAGUGUCUAUUGUAAUAAUUGACUUUUGUGUCAUCAGAUUCCAUCAAUUAUACAGUAGAAAGGGUACACGGUAGGGUUACUUGCGGCUACAAACAUGGAUAGAGGAGGGCUUUGUGAAUGUUAUUCUACCUCCUUUUACCAACAAAUUUUGGAUUUGACACCUGACAAUGUUUCCAGUUUGUUCUUUUAAAUACUGUAAAUUUCUUCAAAAAGACUAGAAGUGUUCAUUGUUUUGAAAUAUUAGGUCAUAACAUACAAAUAACUUGUUUACUCAGGUAUUUUUUCAUAUGUAUUUAUUGUAUUGUCAUUUAUAUUGGGUUCAUUGUUUCCCCUUCAAUUUAUGUUUUGAUAAUUAUUCUACAGAACUGACUGAGGUCCAAAUUUCUUUAAUUAACCUACAAGCAUACCUGUGUCUCUUUUCUUAUGUACAAUAGCAGCCUUUAACCAGUUACCAUAUGCAAUAUUUUACCUUCACUGGACUGCUUGGCUGCUUUAUUUUUGCAUGAAAUUAUUCUUGUUUUCAUCCAAUUUUUCAAAAUUACAAUGCACAGUCAUGUAUUCUUUAUAUGACAUGUCAAUUAUGCAUGGCAACAUCGUGAUUUGUUGUUUUCCCGAAUUGCAAUUGCUUGUCUGGGGUCAACUGCGAAUCAAUUCUACGAAUCAAACUGAUUAUAAAAUUUAUGUUUUACAUGAAAGGUGCUUAAAGUUACCUAUCGAGACACCCGGAAAUGGUCUUAUCAUUGAAAGUUAAGAACAUUUUUGAAGACAAACAUUGUGAAUUCAAUAUGGAAAUAAAAUGCUUUCUGUUUUUUUCCAAAGUAGCCUAUGCAUGUCUUGAAAUACCAAUAAAGAAUGAUUGCAAAGUUGA